AUGGCGGCUGCAGACACAAUUUGGCGGAUAUUCCUGCAGGCCAGUGCAGCACGACUCGAUGAAACUAGCCUCAUGCGAGAUGUAGGUGUCUUGCGACCAAAGGAAACUGGCCACUACGGAUCAAAGCCGGGGUUCCGUUGUAUGCAUGAACUGAUUAUGCAUGAUGGUAUUUGUCGUCGCCUUGAUUGUUGGAGAUGGACAAGUCUGGAGGAAUUUGCAGUAUCAGAGCCAAGUUGGGAGGACAUCGAAGCAAUGGCACGCACCCUUGCUCAUAAUUAUAUUGCAGCACCUCAAUGUGACAUGCAAUAUGAAAAUGGACUCCUCUUGAACAAGUACAUGCUUGUAUACGAGGAGCUGUCAUAUGCAAUGAAUAGCGGAGACAUCGGACGGGUUGAGACUUGCCUUGUGACGUGGAUCCCCAUGUUUAAGGCUACAGGAAAACAUAAAUAUGCAAACACUAUGACAGACUUCCUGUGCAAAGUACAUUUCGUGUAUCCUGCAGGAUUGAAACGGGCUGUUCACUAUCACAUCAUGAUCAAUCCAACUGGGAGGAAAGGAAAAUUUCGAGGGGUAGACUGGUGUGUUGAGUUGAACAACCUUUUUACGAAGGUUAUCAAUGGAGGAAAAGGAUCAAACCACACUGUUUUGAGGAUUAUAAUGGAAUCUCCACUCAUUCAGAUAUACCGGAAUUUACAUACAAUGUUCCAGAAUGACUUCCUGCACACUCAACAAACGACACGACACGCGGAGGCAGAUAUGUCAAAAAUGUUCCAAGUCCUAUGUAGACAGAUGAAAAAACACUCCCCAAACGAAAUAGUGAAGGGGCGUGGAAGCUAUUACAGUAUCCCUGAUGUCCUUGCCAAGGGACAGGAGUUGAUGGAAAAGAGUAACAUAGAUAACGAAGACAGAGGGCAAGAAGCUGCCGUUAGGGGAGGCAAGGAUGAGCGCCCAUCAGUUGAUGAUGUUGCUGUUGAAUUAGUCUGGUAG